GCGCGCGGGAAGCGCCUGCGGGUUGGCCGGCCCGCUCACCUAUUCGCCGCCUUGCAUCAUGGCCUUUUCGGUUCCCGGCUACUCGCCCAAUUUCAAAAAGCCCCCCGAGACUUUACGGCUACGACGGAAGAGGGUCCGGAGCCUUGGGGCCGCCCUCCCGCCCGGGGAGCCGCCCGAGCCGGCAGCCCGCCGCGCUCCCCUGGCGGACCGGCUGUCCCUCCGCCCCUUCCCGGCGGCGGCAUCAGGCAGUGACGGCGGUGGCUCGGCCACAGUCGGGAGGAACCCCUUCGCCUGCCUAGACAACCGGCCGCCGGUCGCCGCGGAGCCCCACGACGGGCCGUCCCGGGACCAGCAAGAGGCGCCGAGCCGGUUUUUAGAUUCCAAUCAAGAGAAUGACUUGCUUUGGGAAGAGAAGUUUCCUGAAAGAACAGCCGUUAAUGAGUUACUCCAGACUCCACACGUAUCAUUCUCCGAAUCUGAUAUCCCAUCCUCAGAAAGUACUGAGUUACCUGUAGACUGGAGUAUUAAAACUCGACUCCUUUUCACCUCUUCUCAACCCUUUACCUGGGCAGAUCAUUUGAAAGCCCAGGAAGAGGCUCAAGGUGUCGUCCAGCAUUGUAGGUCAACAGAAGUUACUCUGCCUCAAAGUAUACAGGACCCCAAACUCUGCACUGAGCUUCGUUGUGCCUUCCAACAGAGCCUUAUCUAUUGGCUCCACCCUGCCUUUCCGUGGCUGUCAAUGUUCCCUCGGAUUGGAGCUGAUAGAAAAAUGGCUGGAAAGGCAAGCCCUUGGUCAAACGAUGAAACCCUGCAACACGUUUUAAUGAGUGACUGGUCUGUGAGCUUCACUUCUCUAUAUAAUCUGCUGAAGACAAAACUUUGCCCCUAUUUCUACAUUUGUACCUAUCAGUUUACUGUCCUGUUCCGUGCAGCAGGAUUAGGAGGAAAUGAUGUAAUCACAGCUCUCAUAUCUCCUACAACUAGAGGUAUAAGAGAAGCUAUGAAAAAUGAAGGUAUUGAAUUUUCUCUGCCUUUGAUAAAAGCAAAUGGCCAUAAGAAGAAAGCAUCUGGAACAAGCUUGGGACAUGGGGAGGAGCAAGCAAUCAGUGAUGAGGAUGAAGAAGAAAGUUUUUCCUGGCUAGAAGAGAUGGGUGUGCAAGAUAAAAUUAAAAAACCAGAUAUACUGUCUAUCAAGCUGCGUAAAGAGAAACAUGAAGUACAAAUGGAUCACAGACCUGAGUCUGUUGUGCUGGUGAAGGGAACGAACACCUUUACAUUGCUCAAUUUUUUGAUCAACUGUAAGAGUUUAAUUGCUACUUCAGGUCCACAGGCAGGACUUCCACCAACCCUCUUAUCCCCAGUAGCUUUCCGAGGAGCCACAAUGCAAAUGCUUAAGGCACGAAGUAUAAAUGUGAAGGCACAAGGUCUUUCUGAAUACAAAGAUCAAUUUAGUUUGGAGAUUACAGGACCUAUCAUGCCUCAUUGUCUAUAUUCUAUGACCACGCUCCUCAAAUCUUCACAGAGUGGGUCAUUUUCUGCAGGGCUGUAUACCCAUGAGCCAACUGUUGUAUUUAAUAUCUGCCCACCAAUGGAUAAAGUACUGGAUAAGGCGACUGUUCAUGAGGAGCUUGCUAACUGUGGGUUGCACCCUAAGACUCUGCACCAAAUCAGUCAAACACCAGUACUGGGGAAGUCAUCUUUACGGAAUGUGGAAAUGAGUGGCUACAUUUAUAAUUGGAGAUCCUGAACACCAAAGGAGAAUUCCUCAACCAGAUGUUUGCUAAUUCUGCCAGUAUGCUUUCCUAAACCCAGGCGAUACUGCAAUUCCUCAAAGAGAAUGUUCCCUGGAAUUAUACAUCUACAAAUGUUUUCUUCCAAUAAACUACCUUUUAUGACACAAAGAACUCUGAUCAACUUGUACAAGCAAUAAAAUGACAGUGACGUAAUUAGCAUAAUGUCCUUUUCUAAUUUAAAGUUUGAAUUAACUAGCUAUAUCAUAGGAUGAUUCUCAUGUUAUUUCAAGCCUAUUUGAGUCUAUCAAUAUAAUAUAUUCCCUCCAAUUUGAAAUAAAAUGGCAACACAGUAUUCUACAUGGAUGACAAUGUAGAAAUUCUGAUGCAAACAAUUUGGUCAGAGCUAGUCGGUUUCAAAAGCUAUUAAAACAAAAUAGUUUAAUUGCAUUAACUUCAACUUAACUUUCUAUUUGAUUACAAAGAUAGGGAAAAUAAAUUCCAGUUUUAAAUUUUCCAGUUUUUAAAAAUCAGGCUUUAAAACAAGCUAUUGAAAUCACAAUUAACUGGCACUCCCAUAUGAUAUUUAAGACAUUAUUCUAAGGGAAGAAAUUAUUUAAAAGGUACCAAUUGGCUGUUAUCUAUGUUAUCCAAGUGUACUUUUAAUAGUUAGUUACUACAUGCAAGCUAGACCCCAGGUAUCUGAUAACAGUAGCGAAAUAUAGGUAGAUACAAAAGUCCCAAGGUGCUCCAAACACAGGGCAAUGUGAAGAGGUAGGUAACACUGUUGGCAGUAGGUGAUCUACUUCCCAACCCAACAGAACUCAAAUUACUGAGCUUGAAAAGAGGGAUGUGUAAAAAGGGUUUAUAAGGUGAAGACAAAAUAGCACUCUACUAGGAAAUAUAGGGACUAUGUGGAAUAAAGUAUCUGAGAAAGAAAAAACAAUCAAAUCCUAGAAGGAUAAGAAUGUAUUCCUUGUCAAGAGAAAACAAUGGAAAUUCCACUUUCUAAAUAUGAAAUCUAGUUAAAAUUUUAAUCAUACAAAUAUAUAUGCAUACUUAUAUUUAGCAACUAAUGUAACAGAGGUUGCCUUUUCAAAGCUCAAAUUAGUGUUUCCAUCUAUGU